AUGGCAGGAUAUCCGGGACAGCGCCCCUACGGCAAUGGCCCCCCCGCGCCUCGUCCUGGUCCUGGACCCGGUCCUGCACCUGCGCAACGGGGUCCUCCUCCACCACAGCAGCAGCAAUUCGAUGGCUACCAGCAAGACGGCUACGGCUACGAUUACUACGAUGAAGGGGGUUACGGGCAAGACUAUGGCGGAGGUUAUCAGGACCAGAACUACGGCAGAGGUCCGCCGCCGCCCCAGAACCAAGGUUACCCGCAGCAAGAUUACUACGGCGGUGGCCCCGGACCCAAUGGCCCGGGGAGAGGAGGGCGCCCUCCACCACCGAUGGGACGAGGCGGUCCCAUAGCACGACCUCCGACGGCCGAUGGUGUUCGUGGUGGAUAUCCGCCUGCUCGUGGCGGUCCUCAGGGCCGAGGUGGUUUUCCCAUGGGACGCGGAGGCCGGCCUGGUCCCUUUGAACGAGCGGCAAACUCAGAUCCCGCUGCCAAUCGCCCAAGACCACAAGAAGGCGGCCCAAUAAGCCCUGCCGGCCCCCAGGGCUUCGGCGGCGGCGCGUUCCCCGCGUUCCCCGGAAAGAACCGCAAGACCGAUCUCGACGAGGAGACUGCGAUACUGAACAAGAUGGCUGGGGUUGACAUUGGAGGCCAAGGUCAUCCUCCUCCUAGAGGGCCAAAUGGCAGAGGUCCACCACCACCAAGGGGAUACCCAGACCCGCGACGCGGUCCUGACCCUGGAUACGGUGGGCCGGACUUUCGGAACGAUGGAUACGGGCCGCCGGGUCCGCAAGACAACUUUGGGCCUCCGUCGAGGAGCAUGACCAUGCCGGUGAACGAGCCAUCACAGAGACGCGGACCCCCACAGCGUAUGGACACGUAUGGAGGACCUGGAGGACCAGGAGGACCACCAGGGCCUCCUCGUGGCGGAGUGCCUCCUAGGCCGUCGACAGCGCAGGGCAACCGACCACCGCCGCAGCGCAUGUACCCCCCGAACCCACCACCGCCGAUGCCUCAACAGAAUGGAUAUGACGAGUAUGACGGGGGUCAUGAUGGUUACCGGGACACUAGGGCAUCCUUUGGAGAUGUGUACGACGCAUAUUACCAUUCUACUCGCAUGAGCAACCAGAACGCAGGCAAUUUCGAUUACAGAGGGCAGGGCGGCGGUCCCGACUUCAACUCCCAGCCCUCACACCGUCCUCACGGCUCGUUCGACCAGCACAUGAGGCCUGGGGUCGCCGAGCAUACCCAGCCUGGCGCUAAACGCAUGCCGGAAAUGAGUCGUACCAAGUCACAGCCUGAUCUUAGACAAUCGCAGCAAGCCGUGUUUGAGAUGGCGGGCGACGCUCCCCCGAUGCCGUCGAUGGGGCCAGUAGAUGGGGGUUAUCAGAAUGGCUACCAAGGGCAGAACGAUUGGGAUCAGUCGCAGCAGUCGCACCAGCCGCCACCGCCGCAACAACCGCCGAUGGGACGCCCGGGUCUGCCUCACGGCCCAUCUUCCAGUCGCAGCGGUGAUUCUCUGCCGUCUCACCCUACCCCCGUUCGCCCUGGCCACAUGCCUAAUUCCAUGGUCAACAUGAAUGAUAAGCCUGCGCCUGUUCGUAACUACGGUGCACCCCCCGGACCCGGCGGACCGACACCGCCUGCCGGCCCUGGUGGCCCACCGCCUCCGCAGCAGAUGGCACCUCCCCAACAGGCCAGCACCCCUUCUUUCACAGAAGCCACAACGCCUGUGACGCAGGAGGAACUCGAACGGCUACGCCAAAUCGUCAAGUCAAACCCCAACGACCAGGAGUCUGCCCUAAGACUGGCAAAGAGGCUGGUGGAAGCGGCGGAUACACUGACGCCGAAUCUUGCCGACCCCAAGAUGAAGGUUCGCGCCCGCGAAAAGUAUCUAAUGGACGCGAACAAGAUUCUCAAGAAGCUCUCGAACGCGCAAAAUCCCGAGUCUAUGUUUUUCUUUGCUGACUGCCUCGGACGCGGUCUGUUUGGAAUGGAGCCAGACAACAAGGAGGCGUUCACGUUGUACCAGUCGGCCGCUAAGCUCGGACACGCCGCGGCAGCAUAUCGAACGGCGGUGUGCUGCGAAAUUGGGCACGAAGAGGGCGGCGGUACGAGAAAAGACCCCCUGAAGGCGAUCCAGUGGUAUAAGAGAGCUGCGACGCUAGGCGACACGCCCGCCAUGUAUAAGGUUGGCAUGAUCCUCCUGAAGGGACUCCUCGGACAGCAAAAGAACCCGAGGGAGGCCGUAGGAUGGCUGAAGCGGGCCGCCGAACGCGCAGAUGCGGAGAACCCUCACGCCCUGCACGAGCUGGGUUUGCUGUACGAGUCCGCGGCUCCCAACGAUGCCAUCAUCAAGGAUGAGGCGUACGCUUUCACAUUGUUCAGACAGGCGGCGGACCUUGGCUACAAGUUCUCGCAAUACCGUCUGGGUUGUGCGUAUGAAUACGGUCUCAUGGGCUGCCCCAUCGAUCCCCGGCAGUCUAUCAUGUGGUACUCUCGCGCCGCCCAACAGGGCGAGCACCAGUCCGAGCUAUCGCUUAGUGGUUGGUACCUGACUGGCAGCGAUAAUGUGCUGCAGCAGAGCGAUACCGAGGCGUACCUCUGGGCUCGCAAGGCUGCUAUGGCCGGUCUGGCUAAGGCCGAGUACGCGAUGGGUUACUUUACUGAAGUAGGCAUCGGUGUGCCGGCCAAUAUGGAGGACGCGAAACGGUGGUACUGGAGAGCAGCUGCCCAAGAUUUCCCCAAAGCCCGCGAGCGUCUCGAGGACCUCAAGCGCGCGGGCAAGAACGGGCCCCGACAGCGCGAGCGCAUUUCCCGUAGCAAAAUCGGCAAGCAACAGGAGGGCGAGUGCAGCGUCAUGUAA